AUGGGAAAUUGUCUAUCUGGUUCUGAUCUGAGCAUUGAUUCCAACCCUAGCUUAUUCAAAAGGCCUUCUAAUUCCUUUUCAGAUCAAGAAAGAUCUGAAAAUAGUUGCAGGGUAUCAGAUGGUUUGAAGGAUGCGCCAAUCAGAAGCCGGCUCAAGGUUUAUAGCUAUGCUGAAUUGAGAACCGCCACAAGGAAUUUCAAACCAGAUACCAUAUUGGGAAAGGGAGGAUUUGGAACGGUCUAUAAGGGAUAUUAUUGGAUGGAUCAUCAAGAGAAGACAGAUCAAUCUGGGUCUAGCAGAAUGAUCAUAAUUGCAAUCAAGAAACUGAACCAUGAUCAGACCAUGCAAGGCCUUCGAGAAUGGAAGUGUGAAGUUGAGUUUCUGGGAAGACUUUCUCAUCCCAAUUUGGUCAAGCUUUUGGGUUAUUGUUGCCAAGGAAAUGAGUUGUUACUUGUUUACGAAUUCAUGCAAAGGGGAAGUUUGGAAAACCAUCUUUUCAGGCGUAAUUCAGUAAUUGUACCUCUUCCAUGGGAAAUUCGGGUCAAGAUAGCCAUUGGUGCAGCUAGAGGGCUUGCAUUCUUGCAUAGUUCAAACAAUCAAAUCAUUUAUAGGGACUUUAAAGCUUCGAAUAUAUUGCUUGAUGGGGAUUACAAUGCAAAGAUUUCGGAUUUCGGGUUGGCAAAAUUUGGGCCAAACGAGGGUGACUCGCAUGUCACGACUCGAAUUAUGGGUACAAGCGGUUAUGCUGCUCCCGAGUACAUCUCCACAGGGCAUUUAUAUGUGAAGAGCGAUGUGUACGGUUUUGGAGUAGUAUUGUUGGAGAUAUUGACGGGUCUUCGUGUUUUUGAUAUGGAACGGGCAAGGGGGCAGCAAAAUUUGGUGGAUUGGGCAAGACCUUAUUUGAAAAGGAGAAAUAAAUUGAGGUUGAUAUUGGAGGAUGGACUUGAAGUGCAAUGUGGUAUGGAAGUGGCAUUCAUGGCUGCUAAACUAGUCUUACAAUGUUUAGAAUGUGAACCACAAAAAAGACCUUCAAUGGAACAAGUUGUAUUGGCCUUAGAACAAUUGGAAACAUUCAAGGAAAAAAGGCCUAAAAAUGUAAGAAUAUGGUAAAAUAGUUAGAAAUUAAGUCAUUUUAAGAGGAUACAUACCUUAUAACAUUGCAUCUUA